GAGCGCAUCUCCGAGUACUUUCAAACCAAAGACACCGCGGGGUUCCGUGUCCAGAUACUGGACCUUUGUUAUUUUGGGCGCAUGCGGCAUUCCUUGCAUACUUUGUUCUAGACUCGCAAUCGAACUGGCUUGGGUUUUGCCCAGGUGGGACAGGAACGUAUACACGUCGCUCCCGUCGUUCUUGAGCACCUGAUUCGCAACGAUGUUUCGAACCUUGAUCGGCAUGUCGGGAUCCUCAAAGGUCAGAUCGUUGAGCAGGCGGACGCUUUCGCGGACCGCGAGUUCCGUGGGCACUGUCACGAUCAAAAACUCGGUCUGGUCGGGAUUCGCAAACAAGUCCUCUAGAUCGUACAUCUGGAGCUGGAACCCGAUCAAUUGAGACUUGGCAGCGGUGGCAGCAGAAUCCAGUUGUUCACCCGUCGCCCCUUGCUGGCUUGCGGCGUUCGUGAUGAACAUUUUGACGGCAGCGUUCGAGUUGAUCUUGCUGGAGAUGUCCAGAAUGCGAUCGAUCAAUUCGGCCAAGAAUCCCGGUGUCCCAAGCAUCCGAAGGGUGUGACCGGUGGGGGCGGUGUCGAGAACGAUGCGGUCAAAGUCUCCCUUCUUGACAAGGUUGAUGACCUUGGCCAGUGCUACAACCUCGUCUGUACCAGCCGGCAGUGUAUCGAAGAUGCUCUCGAGAUCCCUGAGGGUAGCACUUAAAUCGGAGCCUCCCCCUGUUGACGUGUCGGCGGAGGUGCCAAUGAGCUUGUCGACGAUUCCCUUGAACUGGCUCAGGGCAGAAGAAGGGUCGAUUUCCAUAGCGGAGAGCGAUCCUUCCCCGGUCGAACCCGGCACUCCGAUCAACGGAACGCUGACCAAGUCGCCGCCGCUAAGGUCCAUAUCGAUUGCAUCGCCAAGGCUGUGUGCGGGAUCGGUGCUGAUAAGUGCCACCCUGUGACCCUGGGCUGCCAUGCUCACCGCCAGAGAAGAACUGGUUGUCGUCUUACCCACACCUCCUUUUCCACCACAGAUGACAACCCUUGGUUCGCCAUCCGGUUCAUUCCCGUCGUUCAUCAAAUACUCAAAACUAGGAUUGGUCAUUAUGUGCUGAGAUCCGACGUAUCCAAGGGCUGGAACCCCAACUAACUCGACAUCGAAAAAAGGAAAUUCUGAGACGGCAAUUGGAGAAGGAGAUCCGUUCGAUUGAUACUCCUCCGUUGCGCUGACUUCGGAUGCUGCUCUCUUGAGCUUAUCGACCCAUUGGGACUGGCCCUCUUGUCGGCGUUGAUAGUAGUUCAGAAGGCCAUUGCUUUCGGUGGUUUCGGUUAAAUCUCCUACGCACUGGUUCAUGACGAUAUCGCUGACGGCAAUUCCCUGAGAGGUGAGAUCGGAAACCAACCGUUUCGACUCAUCUACUGCCAGCUUGGUCGGUAUGGUCACAACCAGAAAGCUGGUUCGUUCUGGAUCACGCAAGGCGGUUUCCAUGUUUUUAAUUUUGAUUCGAAACUGGUCCAAUCGAUCCAGGGCAUUGUCGAUGGUUUGAGCCCGUUCUUGGGCACCGCUGUCUCCGAAGAAGGCUUGGAGAGUGCUGGUAACCCCGGAUAGUUUCAUUCGUAGUUUGAUGAGUUUCCCUAGCAGACCAUCCAGGAAUUGAGGAAGGGCAAGAAGUCUUAGAGUGUGACCGGUCGGGGCCGUGUCCACAAUCACUACGUCGUAGUCGUCUACCUUGUUCUCGUCCAUCACAUUUCCCAGUGCUACCAAUUCGUCGAGUCCCGGUGGAGGGUUAUUCAACAGACCACUGAACUCCCGCAACCCAAGUCCUUCUAACAAGUCCAUCGGUACGCCCAUGCUUGCAGCCAACCGGUCGACGUCAAAGCUGGCGAGGCUUUCUCGAAAAUCACCGAGGGCUUCCUCGGCGUCGACUUCACCGGCAUACAAAUUCCCACGCGUCAAGGGAUCGUCCAUGACUACAGGUUUUCCUCGCCCCCUUCUCAAAUCGGCAUCCAAUGCGUCGCCCAAGGAAUGUGCAGGGUCAGUAGAAACUACCAAGACCUUCAAAUCGUGUUUGGUUGCCAGUUCCACCGCCAGUGAUGAGCUCACGGUAGUCUUUCCAACUCUGGACAGAUACCAUCAAGCGAGUAAAGCAAAAAAAUCAAAUGCAAGAAAGUUAGAUUGCUGGCGAAAAUUGCUCGACUUAUACAGAUGUAAAARCAUGGUUAGAUCGGAUUGUGUUGAGGGUUCGCGAAUGGUGUUCGCGUCGUUUUCGCCCGCCAACGUACCCUCCCUUUCCGCCAACAAAAAUCGUCUUCUUGCCCGAUGCCGGCGACAUGGCCGAUUGCGUGAUAUCCUCGAUCAGAGGUUGCAACGAGAACAACUGGGUCGAAGGCCGGCGUAGUUGCCGAUGAGGCGACGCCGGAAACUGAAGCGGUGCCGGCGAUGCCUCCGAGGUUGAAGCCGUUCGGUGUCCUAGGCUCGGAGAGGCCGCUCGGUGGUCGACGGAGAAGGCGGUGGUAUCCCUCGCCAAAAAGGACCAUUCCGCAACGGCAAAAGCCCAGAGAAAUUUCCU